AUAUCUGACGUCACAAAAGCCAGGCACAGAGGCUGGCGGGCUGGCGUGGGUGGCACGGAGUUCGGGGCCGCUCGGGGCUAUGGGCUGCUGCCAAGACAAGGACUUUCAGACCUCCGAUGAGCCGGCCAAGGAGACCGAGUCGGAGGAAGGCGAAGGCUUCGAAGGGAUCGGUGAGGACCCGCAGGACCGCGGGAAUCGGAGGUCGAAUGAAAGCCUUUUGAUCACCGUGCUGUGGCGGCGGCUAUCCCUGUUCAGCCGUCGGGGGUCAAACAAGAGGCAAUCAGCCCAGAAUCAUAAGCUGGGGUUACAGGAGAGCAACCGGAAGGGGAUCCUGGAGGAGCCGGAGAAGGGGUGACCCCAGCCCUGCUCUCAGUCUGCCCCAACCUCCAGAGAAUAAAGUUUCUAACGUGUAC